GUUGGAUUGACCACCGCCAUAAAACAACAGAAGAAGAAGAGAACCCGGAAGUGCUGUCGGUCCGUCCAGAGUGAAUGUUGUUUAAAAUGAGCUGUGUGUGCAGGUGUUGCCGUGUGUGAGCAAGACAUGGUUCCUGAACAUGGACCGCUGCAGAAAAGCUCGUCGCAGCCGCAUGACAGCGCAGGCGAUGUGGAUGGAUCGUUUGUGUUUGAAGCUCAAGAGGCCUGGAAAGAUUUCCAUCAUUCUCUCUGGCAGUUCUAUGAGAACGGAGAGCUCUGUGACGUCACACUGAAGGUGGGGAACAGACUGAUACCAUGUCACAAACUCGUUCUGGCCUGCGUCGUGCCGUACUUCCGUGCCAUGUUCCUCUCAGACAUGGCCGAGGCCAAACAGGACCUGAUUGAGAUACGCGAUUUCGACGCCGACGCCAUCCAGGACCUGGUGCGCUUCGCCUACUCCUCGCGACUGACGCUGACGGUGGAUAACGUUCAGCCGCUGCUGUACGCCGCGUGUAUCCUGCAGGUGGAGCUGAUCGCGCGCGCCUGCUGCGAGUACAUGAAAGCUCACUUCCACCCGUCGAACUGUCUGGCCGUUCGCACGUUUGCCGAGAGUCACAACAGAGUGGAUCUGAUGGACAUGGCCGACCGUUACGCGUGUGAACAUUUCAGCGAGGUGGUGGAGUGUGAAGACUUCAUCAGUGUCUCUCCGCAACACCUGAAGACGCUCCUGUCCUCCAGUGACCUCAACAUUCAGUCUGAAACUCAAGUGUACAACGCCGCCAUGAAGUGGCUGAAAUCGAACGCCAAGCACCACGACACCUGGCUCGAUCAGAUCGUGUCUCAGGUUCGUCUUCCGUUGCUGCCAGUGGAUUUCCUCACGGCGGCCGUCGCUAAAGAGGAAAUGAUCAAAGCCAACUUGAACUGCAGAGACCUUCUAGAUGAAGCCAGGAAUUAUCACCUGCACCUCAGCAACAAGAGCGUCCCGGACUUUAAAUAUUCCGUCCGUACGACACCGCGCAAACACACGGCAGGUGUGCUGUUCUGUGUGGGGGGCCGGGGCGGUUCUGGCGACCCGUUCCGCAGCAUCGAGUGUUACUCCGUCAGUAAAAACAGCUGGUUCUUCGGGCCUGAAAUGAACAGCAGACGGCGGCACGUGGGCGUGAUUUCAGUGGCAGGGAAAGUUUACGCUGUCGGAGGUCAUGACGGCAACGAGCACCUCGGGAACAUGGAGAUGUUCGAUCCGCACAUUAAUAAGUGGAUGAUGAAAGCGUCGAUGAACACCAAACGGAGGGGGAUCGCACUGGCUGCUCUCGGCGGUCCCAUCUACGCCAUCGGUGGUCUGGACGAUAACUCGUGUUUCAACGAUGUGGAGCGCUAUGAUAUCGAGUCGGAUCGCUGGAGCGGCGUCGCCCCGAUGAACACACCCAGAGGCGGCGUCGGGUCUGUGGCGCUCGGGGGUUAUGUUUACGCAGUUGGUGGAAAUGACGGCGUAGCGUCGUUGUGCAGCGUCGAGCGAUUCGAUCCUCAUUUGAACAAAUGGACCGAUGUGAGGGAAAUGGGCCAGCGGCGCGCCGGGAACAGCGUCAGUGAGCUCAACGGGUGCCUUUAUGUUGUCGGUGGUUUUGAUGAUAAUUCUCCAUUGAGCUCCGUCGAGCGGUUUGAUCCCAGAAUGAACCGCUGGGAGUAUGUAGCAGAGUUGACCACGCCCAGGGGCGGAGUCGGAGUUGCCACAGUGAUGGGGCGUGUCUUUGCAGUGGGCGGGCACAAUGGAAACAUCUAUCUGAAUACGGUGGAAGCGUAUGAGCCCCGAAUGAACAGAUGGGAAUUGGUGGGUUCUGUGUCUCACUGUCGGGCCGGCUCAGGGGUCGCCGUCUGUUCCACACACAUCGGUCACAUUCGAGAUGUCGGUCAGGGCUCCAGUAACGUCGCCGACUGCAUGUAAUGACACGAUACCACUCGCUAACUUCAACUGUAUCCGUUUGAUCGCUCGUGUGUCUGAAUGACUGUAUGAUCGGGUGAGAUCAGAGGAUGACACCGGCAGCUCAUCCUGUGAGGAUUAGUUGUGUUGAAGAAGCACAAUAAAAUCUCACAGUGACUUCAAGACACUUGUUGUGUGUAGUCGUGGCAUUUGUGUGCGAGUGUACAAUCAUAAACACGUUAAAGGCGUGUGAACACUGCAGGAACACAUUCAGUAUGUGAAAGAGUGACUAAAGCGAUUCUUCCGUUCUGACUCUCGUCUCAUUUAUGAUAUAAAGUAUUGAAUUAUAUAAAUUCUAUUCAUAUAGCGAGUCUGUAAAGCUGAAUCACAGAUGAUUUUACUGUCUCUGAUUUUAAUGGUUCUUGUGUAUUUUUAGCUGUUGAUUUGUGCCGAGAGAAAACAUCUCGUGUGUUUCACUGCCGAACUAUAAGUUAAACUGCAGUCCGAAACAGAAGCUCCAGAUUGAAAUGCCGCUUUUGUGUAUUACAACUAUGAUGCUUUUUUUCAGGGUGGAUUUUAUUGCAUUUGCUUUCAUGUCUGAUGUAUUUACAACUACAAAACAAGGUUUGAAAUAUGUAAAGUUGAUUGGACAUGCAGUUAGCUUUUCCUCUUUGUGUUUUCAGUGUGAUGAACUUCACAAUAUCAAAUCUUUCGGUGCUGAAUAGGGUUCAGUUGAUAUUGUUGCUUCAGUACUUUGUGUUUUCUGUGACAUGUGAAAUAUAUUUCAGAACUGCUGUUCAAAUGUUGAUAUGGUUUAUAUUUUAUGGUAUAUAUUUUAUAUUUGAACGUGAUUUUAUGCAGUUAGCCACAUAAAAACCUCCAGAGAGGCUCAGAAUACAGAGUUUAAUCUGAUUUAAAUGCAGUUUAUUUGACAGAUUUCUGUAAACUAAAGUUAGCUAAAGGCUUUUUCAUCUGUAUGUUUAAUAUUUUGCUCAACAUUAAUUUAUUUCAUUCAGAUUUUCCUUGUGCGAGUGAAACAUGAUCUGUUGUUGUUUAUUUCUUGAAUUAAAUAGUUAC